CCUCUAUCCUGAUUCAAUUAUUGCACCGGAUAGCCUGUGAAUUAGAUGCCUAUUCAAAAUGGCGGAGUUUUGUCCGUCAAAAAAGUCAAAGAUGCGUCGCAGCCUGACGACCACCUUGACUCCUGAUAAAUUCAAUGACCAGGACGGCAGAACAAGCCUGGGAAUUCUUACAACCCUUGUAUGUUAAAAGUUCGACUGAUAGUCUUCAUGUCACUUUGACAUAUGCGCAGAGUAUGGAUGGGAUAAUCGCAGGACCCCAAGGUCAACAAAUUCUGAUCAGCGGCAAAGAUUCCAUGGUCAUGACCCACACGCUUCGGCUCAAUAUGGACGGAAUCAUCAUCGGGAUAAAUACUUUGAUCAACGAUUCACCCCGACUUACAGGUCGAGCGGACUACGUCGGCGAAGACUAUUUGGCCACACACAAACAACCGACGCCAGUUGUUUUGGAUUCAAAGCUGCGAUUUCCUCUUGAUGCCUCGUUACUAAAAAUCGCUGCGACCAAACAAGGCAAACCGCCUAUCAUCUUUACGGGCGUAGAUCAGAGCGAUGACAAAUACUCAGCACGAUGGCAUCAAUUAGAAGAUGCAGGGGCUCACAUCUACACUGUUGGCGUGGACGCAUCUGGACACUUGAACUUAGAAGAGGUGUGCCAAAACUUGAAGAGUAGAGGUAUGGAGCGUGUGAUGAUUGAAGGUGGUGCAUCUGUGAUCAAGACCUGCCUUUCAAGCUUUGCCUUACUGGAUGCUGUGGUUGUCACCAUUGCACCCACAUGGAUUGGUAAUGGUAUAACGAUACAGAACCCUCUUUCUAAAGAGCCUUCAACGCCCAUGUUUAGCAGCGUACAAUAUCAACAAUUCGGUCGAGACGUGGUUAUGGCGGCUAAUAUUUCGAGUUAAUUCAAAUCAAAAGCCAACAUGGUGAAAUUUUAUAGCUUUCUAGCACGUUAGUAGGAAUUUUCGAGUUAUAGACGUUUUGUACAUUAUUAAAGGAAAAGUCAGUUUUCAUAUUCAAACAUGUACGAUUCAGAGAGAGGGGAAUUGAAUGAACGUAAAACUCCGCCGUAUAGUCAGACUGGUCUCCAAAAGAUGGAGAGCAGCAAGCAGCCAUCGAACCUCCUUUUCCACCACAUACCAUGAAGUGCGUAAAUCCAUCCAUCUAUCCAUCGUGCAUCCAUCG